AUGCUCACAACUCCAUCUAAUCAAUGGUUAGACGAUGAUUGUUCUUAUUUUCUUUCGAAUAUUCAUAAUACUAAUAACAAUUCAUUAAAACCAACAGCAUUAACACGAUUCAAAACGAAAACUACUCAUGAUAAUUCUACUCGAAUGAAACAUAGAAAAUAUUCGGAUUCAACUUUACAUCCUAUAUCGACUAAUAUAAAUGAAACAUUUCCACAAAAACAAACUGAACUUCAAUCACAUUUAACGAACAGUCCAUAUGAUGAAAAAAUAUGGUCAUAUAAUGCGAAUAUGAAACAAAGACUAUCAUUGAAAAUUUGGUUACCUACACCAUGUCUUGAUAAUGAUGAUGGAAAUAUUAAUCAGACGGAAACAUCAGAAGUUGAUACUAAUGAAAAAAAUUCUGAAUCAGUUUCUUCUAUUAAAAAUCAUCGAUCAAUAGCAACUGAAUCAAUUAUGAAUAUUAAAUCAAAAAUUUUGGAUAAUUUAUACGCAAAACCUGUUACCAUAUCACACGCUGAUCAUAACAUAGAUCCAUCAGAUAAACAAUCACGUUCCAAUGAACAUACUACAAUUGUUAAAUUCGAUGACAAUGGACGAAUUAAUAACAUUCAACAUACACGUACUCCUCGUCAAUCAAUAUCGAAAAUAAAUGAACGACCAACAUCAGUAAAAACUCUACCUAUGACUACAAAAUCCAUUAAUUUAAAUUAUGAAAUAAGACCUACAACAACUUAUAAUAAUUCAUCAAGAACCAAUCCGUUUAUACAGAAAAAAACGAAUUCAGCUUUCACAAAUGAUAAUUUAUACCAAGUUCGAUUACCUCUUGUACUUGGUUCAGCAACGUUGGGUCCAUCGAAUUAUCAAACGAUUCCAGUGAAACAACUUCUUAACACACCACAAACAUAUUCAACAAAUACUAAAUCUUCUGAACGUUGUUUAACUUCUCAUCGUCAAAUACGUACUUUAUGUCUGGCGAAUCAAUAUCAAUCAAACUCAUCUAUAUGGCCACCUACUCGUUCAUUAAAUUUUACUGAAAAGAAAACGAAUGAUACAUUGAAUUCUUUACAACGUACGAAGACACUCGAUGUUAUCUCAAAUAUUUCGAAGGUAACCAAACUGCCAUCAUAUACACUCAUUCAAUCAAAUAUUCCAGCAUCUACAUCCCAUAGAAUAUCUGAAUAA